UUUCAGGUGAAGCGCGCAGAUUUGAUUUGUUUAUUUAUUGUUACCAUCGGGUAGUGCGCAAGUGUGUAUGUUUACGUUGCUGCAUGUGCUGAAGAUUUCUUUGACUGUAAUUCCAGUCGGAUCAGAAGUGCUGAUGGAUGCGGAGGAAGGUAAUAUGGAUUCGCCCGGUUAUACUCCAAUGUAUCGUUACCAGUUUCGCGUGAUAUUGAUCGGUGACUCGACGGUAGGGAAAUCCAGUUUGCUUCGACAUUUUACAGAGGGAAAGUGUGCGGAAAUUUGUGACCCAACAGUUGGUGUCGACUUCUACGCCCGAAUGGUGGAGGUCAAACCAGGAUAUCGGAUAAAGCUGCAACUUUGGGAUACCGCUGGACAAGAAAAAUUCAGAUCGAUAACGCGUUCCUACUACCGUAAUUCGGUGGGUGUAAUUGUUGUUUAUGAUAUAACAAAUCGGUCAACUUUUGAUCAUGUUGCACAGUGGCUGAAAGAAGCAGAGCAGAAUGUUGGUGGUCCGCAGCCGAAUAACUGUGUUUUUCAGAUCAUUGGCCAUAAAGCUGAUCUAAAUGAUGAACGUCAGGUAAUGUACGAAGAAGGCGAAUAUUUCGCAAAAUAUAACAAAAUCAAAUUUUUGGAAACUUCAGCGGUUACGGGUGAAAAUGUGCAGGAGUCAUUUAAAAUGAUUGCGCGAGAAAUCUGUGACCGAAUUGAGAAUGGGCAGUUACGUGUAGUUGAUGGUUGGGAAGGUAUUCGAAGUGGCAUGAUGCGUACGAAGUCAAUAACAUUAUCGGAAAGUUCUGAUGCACCGUAUUCAACUUGUACAUGCUAACUACUCCGUAAUGUAUUUUUCUCAGUAUCAAUAUAAUAGCUGCUAUGUAUAGCCAUUCAAUUGCGAUUAAUACCUUUUCAUGGUUGAUAUUUCCGAUAAUCAUUCUGAUUAUCACUGCGUUUUCCAAUGUAAGUGAUCUUUGAAAAUGUGAAAGCAAUACCAUACAAUAUAUUAAGCCUUCGAAGAAAUUCAGAUAACUUAUUAGUUAAUGAGAUACAUAUAAAACAG